UUUGCCUUAAAAAUUUGAAGGUGCCGCCUAUUAUUAUUGAGCUCAGUUACUGGAUUCUGGAAGCGUUUUGGAUUAGAAUAAUAUAAGUGUGGAGAUGCCCGCAGGCGAGAUUUGGUACUCAUCAGAAACACCGACCAACGAUGAUGAGGCAUGGGUGUGGGGCCAGAUCAAAGCAGAGGCGCGGCGUGACGCGGAGUCGGAGCCAGCUUUAGCUAGCUACCUCUAUUCUACCAUCCUAUCGCACUCCUCUUUUGAGAGAUCGCUGUCGUUUCAUUUGGGAAACAAGUUAUCCUCCCCGACACUCCUCUCUACUUUGUUGUAUGAUCUCUUUCUCAACACCUUCUCCUCUGACCCCGCUCUCCGUGCCGCUGCCGUCGCCGAUCUUCGCGCCGCUCGUGUCCGUGACCCUGCUUGCGUUUCCUUUUCUCACUGCCUUCUCAAUUACAAGGGCUUCUUGGCAUGUCAAGCUCACCGAAUAGCUCACAAACUCUGGACCGAGUCUCGGAGACCAUUAGCAUUAGCAUUGCACUCGCGUAUUUCUGAUGUAUUUGCUGUUGAUAUACACCCAGCAGCUAGAAUAGGAAAAGGGAUUUUGCUUGAUCACGCAACGGGUGUGGUCAUUGGUGAGACAGCAGUGAUUGGCAACAAUGUGUCAAUUUUGCAUCAUGUUACACUUGGUGGUACUGGGAAGGCAUCUGAAGAUCGACACCCGAAGAUUGGAGAUGGGGUGCUGAUUGGGGCUGGUGCAACCAUACUAGGCAAUAUCAAGAUUGGGGAUGGUGCGAAAAUUGGGGCUGGGUCAGUGGUACUGAUUGAUGUGCCACCGAGGACAACUGCAGUGGGGAAUCCGGCAAGGUUAGUGGGAGGAAAGGAGAAACCCUCAAGGCUUGAAGAAAUUCCAGGGGAGUCCAUGGAUCAUACUUCAUUCAUCUCUGAGUGGUCAGAUUAUAUUAUUUGAUCAUUUAUGUAUUUUUGUUCUCUACUAUAUUAUGUAUACCAUAAGUGUUGGAUGUGGAAGAUGCUCUUUGUUUUUCCUAUUUCACUGGCUUUGGAGGAGUUUUAAUACACAUGCAGGGUAUUAAACCCAUUGUCUUGUGAAAUAUUCUGGAACAUUAAUCAUAUUAAUGAGCAAUAUCUACAUUAUAUGA